AUGGUUUCACCCGUCUAUAGCAUCUUCUGGGAUCAGCUCAAAUCCCUUAAGCCCUCCUUCCUCUCCAAGAAGCCCCAUUUCAACUUCAUUACCGUUCAUUACUUCUGGGUCAUAGGAUUGACCAUUUUGGCGUCCGUGGUUAUCUAUGGCGUCGCCGAUGGGCAACUGGACUACAUCGAUGCGUUGUUCUUCGCAGCCGGUGCAAACACACAGGCCGGCUUGAACCCGGUUGACGUGAACAAGCUGAACACGGCCCAACAGGUCAUCGUCACUUUGUGUUCCAUGGCCUCGAGCCCCAUUACCAUCAAUUCCUUUGUAGUCUUCCUACGGCUCUUCUGGUUCGAAAAGAAAUUCCAGCACAUUGUGCGUGAGGCCCGGAACCGCAGGACUACCAUCUCCAAGUCCAAAUCUACGGCACAGCCAGAGCAGACCCAACCUCAGAAUGGCGUUAAUGGUCGCCAUAUAACGGUCAUGCACAAUGGCAACAGAUCCAGAAUGACCAACGACGGGAUUGUGCUGGAGGAUGCAGGCGAGAAGCCCUCAAAUGGUAGCAGCUCAGGUGGCAGCCCGGGCGACACCCCUCCCGAGCCGGAUUCCGGUCCAGCCGUAACCGAGAGCCCGGGCCCAGGAAUCCGGUUCGCAGGUACGGUAAAGAGAAGUGAUGGCGUCGAGGACGACCAGUUGAAGUAUCCGCGCAGGAGAACGGACGAGGAACACAUUGCUAUCCUGGAACGCCAGCGGAACACUAACAAUGACGAGAUUCUCCGUAUACCGGGACCAAUGGACGUUGAGAGGGGGUUACGUCCCAGCAGGAUUGAGGAGAGCUCUGACGAGCCACUAGAGCCUGUUUCCCCAAGGGCGCGUGUCAACAGUAUGGGGGAAGCGGACAGGUCGGCGCGUCCCAAAAUCACAAUCCAGGAGCCAAAGGAGCCAACUUCGAAAGAGCCGAAGAACAGCAAGAUGGACGACAUCAACGACGACGCAAGGGCUUUCAUCAACGUGCUCACCCCGUUCAGAUUUCGAAAACCCCGUCUCUUGACCAAUGGCGAUGACAAGCUUCACCACGACCGUGACGCGCCAUUUUCGCGGUUGAGAAGACGCCAGACCCUCGACACAAUCAGGAACGCACUCACGAGGGACAAGGAUGACGAGGCACCGUACCUAAGCUGGCAGCCGACACUCGGACGAAACUCGCAAUUUCACGAUCUGACGGAAGACCAAAGAGAGGAGCUGGGUGGCAUCGAGUACAGAUCACUCAAGACCUUAUCAUUGAUACUUACUAUGUACUUUUGGGGGUUCUGGAUCCUGGCGGUAAUAUGCCUCACGCCAUGGAUUUUAAACUCAUCUUAUGGCUCCCUUGUGGAUGCUGCCGGUCAAUCGAGGGCGUGGUGGGGCAUCUUCACGGGCAGCUCUGCGUUCAUGGACCUUGGCUUUACUCUGACGCCGGACAGCAUGAACUCCUUUAACACAGCGGUCUUUCCGUUGUUGGUCAUGAGCUUUUUCAUCGUCAUUGGAAACACCGGAUUCCCUGUCAUGCUUCGUUUCAUCAUUUGGAUUACGAACCUUUGGGUGCCUCGACACUCUGCGGCGACGUGGUGGCUCUUCUGGUUGCUUGUCAUCCUCAACGGGAUCGACUUGAUAUUUUUUAUUAUACUAGAUCUCGGUAGUGGACCGAUAGCAGAGCUGUCUCCCGGGAUUAAGGUUCUGGACGGCCUGUUCCAAGCAGCAUCGACCAGGACAGCUGGAUUCUCAUGUGUAAACCUCAGUUAUCUGCACCCGGCAGUCCAGACGUCCUACCUGAUUAUGAUGUAUAUCUCCGUCUUUCCGAUUGCCAUCUCGGUCCGUCGCACCAACGUCUACGAGGAGAAGUCCCUCGGUAUCUACCAAGACGUCUCCGGCGACGACGACGAGGGUUUGCAUAAGAGCUCCUUCAGCUAUGUCGGCGCCCAUUUGCGUCGGCAGCUUUCCUUCGACUUGUGGUUCAUCUUCAUCGGCUUCUUCAUCCUGUCAAUAUCGGAGGGCAGUCGCCUGUCGAGCAAUGAUUUCUCCAUGUUCGCCGUUCUUUUCGAGAUUGUGAGCGCAUAUGGCACGGUCGGUCUGAGUCUAGGGUAUCCUACCGUCAAUGCCUCGCUCUCGUCUCAGUUCACCGUGGUGGGCAAACUGGUCAUCAUCGCGAUGCAGAUCCGAGGCCGCCACCGUGGCCUGCCGUACGGCCUUGACCGUGCCGUCCUUCUCCCCAGCGAAUCCCGGUUCCGUAACGAGGCUGAGGAGCCGGCGCUGAUGGGCGUGAGGACGAGGACGAUGCCCCGGAGGGGCUCGGCCGUGUCGGUGGCGACGGACGGGAGGAGCCUCAACCGGGGGCGCACCAAGAGUGUGGACAAUAGGGUUGACCGCGUCAACUCAAACAUAAUCACCCAGUUCUUGCAUCCCGGUCCGGCGAUACCACACCAUGACACGGGCCUCAGGCGGGUAACUUCCGAUCCGACUGUGGAAAACCCGGGUCCCACUCUUGGGCCUGCGUUCGAGCCAUACAUGAGCAUGCCGCGGCGGUCAGAGACAUACUCUAUGUCGAGGCGGUCGGUGAACAACGCGACGUUGGCAAGAGAAAGAGACAGAGACAGGGAGGAGGUCUAA